GGAGUCGGGCACAAGCCAAUCAAGUGAGUUGGCCUCGACAAGACUUGACAGAAGUGCCAGCCAAUUAGCGGCCGCGUCCGGAAGUGGUUGGAGGCGGGCCUGCCAGUGGGUGACCGGCUACGACGCCAUGAAUAUCUUGCCCAAGAAGAGCUGGCACGUCCGGAACAAAGACAAUGUCGCCCGUGUGCGGCGUGACGAGGCUCAGGCCCGGGAGGAGGAGAAAGAGCGUGAGCGGAGAGUGCUGCUCGCUCAGCAGGAGGCCCGCACAGAAUUCCUACGGAAGAAAGCCAGGCGUCAGAACUCACUACCUGAGCUGGAAGCAGCAGAGGCAGGAGCCCCGACUCCCGGCCCUGUGGACCUAUUCCGGGAGCUGCUAGAGGAAGGGAAAGGGGUGACCAGAGGCAACAAAGAGUACGAGGAAGAAAAGCGACAGGAGAAAGAGAGGCAGGAGAAAGCUCUGGGGAUCCUCACAUACUUGGGCCAGAGUGCUGCGGAAGCCCAGACUCAACCGCCUUGGUACCAGCUCCCCCCAGGGCGGGGGGCGCCCCCACCUGGCCCAGGUCCAGAUGAAAAGAUCAAGCAGCGCCUGGACCCUCUGCGGGAGAUGCAGAAGCACUUGAAGAAGAAGAGGCGGCACAGUGGUGAUGGUGGUCACAGCAGAAAGGGAAAGGAGGGGCCGGACAAGCAGCGGCCGGAAGUACGCCCAUCCCUGGACCAGCUUCGAGCCGAACGUCUCCGGCGGGAAGCAACAGAGCGUGCUCGGGCAGAGGCCCUGCUGGCCCGAGUGAGGGGCACAGCCCCCCCGGAGGAACAGCCUGUGGAGAUGGACGAACGGCGGGGGCGGUACAACUCCCAGUUCAACCCCCAGUGGGCCCGGCGCCCUGCCAACAAGACCCCAGCGCUUACGGACUCCUGGGGGGAUAGGAGAGGCCGCAGCUGCCAGCCGUCAUAUAAAACUAUUUAUUCAUAA